UUCGGUCCAGAAAUAGUAGUCCCUAACGAGCCCCCUGGCCCUGGCCCCCACCUGUUUGAAGCAUCCUCCACCCUCCGCUGGUUCCCCCUUUCGCUAUCGUCCACCACCAUCCAGGUGAGAAGGCCAUGAGUAGCUCGCACUAUCCGGCUGCUGUGGUGGACGAGAGUAAUGCUAAGAUGGCAGUGAGGGAGUGGGUUGGGUGGGAGGAGAUCGUGCUGGAGGGCGGCGACGGCGAGGAGCGCAAGGUGUGCUACUUCCUCCUCUACGCGCCGCCCCAGGACGGCGGUAAGAGUGAGAGGGAUCUAGCGGUGGUGGGUAAGUAUUGGGGACCUGGUAACAUAGCGUACUCGGCGGACUUGCAGUUCCUGCAAUCCCUCCGGACGUCGCUCGAGUCUGGGUCGGCGUCCGCUAGGGUGGUGACGCUGGUGUUGGAGAUCACCCAGAUCAGGUGGAAGUCUAGGAAAGAGGUCAUGGACUGGCUCACCUCGCUCGUCUCAGAUCCCCCGUAUGGAGCCUUUGGAUUGACUUGUCCCGACUACCAUGACGGUGCAUCUAAGGAUACCCCCUCAACACUCUCUACUGCCGGGGAAAAUAAAGAAGGGUUCACAUGGAUAUGCAAAUUGCGCCAUCUUGAUCAACGUCGCAAGCACUACAAAUCCUUUUGCCGAGAGGGAAUGAGAAUUUCGGUUCAUGAUUUUGUGUUUAUCAAGAGUGGAGGGAGAGAGAGCCAUGUUGCAUAUGUGGAAGAUAUGUACGAAGAUGGCAGUGCUAAGAACAUGGUGCUGGUACGAUGGUUUGAGGAACCUGAUGGUGAGCACGGUGUUGCAUUGCCCCCAGAUCUUUAUUGUAGGGAGAUCUUCUUUGGAUAUGGGCUGCAAGAUCUGAGGGUUGAAUUUGUGGAGGGGGUGGCAGCGGUCCUAAAUCCACAACACUUUGAGAUGUUCAAGAAAAUAAAUGGAGGGAGCAGUAGCUGGCAGCCCUAUGUAUGUCGUCGGUGCAUCGAUGAUGGCACCGUCGAGCCCUUUGACAUCGCGCAACUCCAAGGAUAUGCAAACCAGGAGAUAGUGAAGGAAAUUGUUGCCGCAUCCUCCUCGACGGUGGUGCAGGCCAAGCCACCUAAUAACAAUGGUAAAGCUUCCAUUACUGGUCUGGCCGCCAAGAAUCAUGUUGGUUCUUCCAGCACUGUUACCGGUGACAAAACCAUGGAUACACAGAAGCAGAAGCCCCCUCCAUGCAGCGUAACUCCUUCCAGCGUUGUUAUCGGUGGCAAAACCAUGGAGAAGCAGAAGGAGAAGGCCCCUGCAUGCAGCACAACUCCUUCCAGUUCCGGCUCUGUUAUCAAUGACAAAACCAUGGAGAAGCAGAAGCCUCCUCCAUGCAGCGCAACUACUUCCACUUCCAGCACUGUUAUCGAUGACAACAAAACCAUGGAGAAGCAGAAGGAGAUGCCCCCUCCAUGCAGCACAACUCCUUCCAAUUCCAGCUCUGUUAUCAAUGACAAAAACAUGGAGAAGCAGAAGCCUCCUCCAUGCAGCGCAAUUGCUUCCACUUCCAGCACUGUUAUCGAUGACAACAAAACCAUGGAGAAGCAAAAGGAGAUGCCCCCUCCAUGCAGCGCGACUCCACAGAGCACCACCAUUGGCCAGAUCGUCAAAAGCAGUGUCGUUCCCCGUAGCGUGGUGAACUGUCAGACCAUCGCGCAUAAUCAGCCGCCCCCAAGUGGUACUAGUACGUGUAAUGUAGCAGUCAAUGAUGCGUCAACCAUGCUGAACCCUGAGAAGAUGUUCCAGCCCGGCUGCCGUCUUGAAGCCCUGUCCCAAGACAGCAGCGUGAGGGGUUGUUGGUUCAAAUGUGUGGUACUCAGUAGGAGGGAGAAAGAUAACAAGGUCAGGGUGCGGUACCAAGACAUUCUGAAUUCCGAGGGCAAGGGACAGCUCAGGGAAUCUCUCAAAGUUGCAAGAAUUGCGGAACCUGACCACUUGAGCAUACGCCUUACUAAAAGGCCCAUGCUUCGCCCACACCUCCCAAGACACUACAGGAAGAUCGAGUCUCCGGUGGCUGUCGGGGUCAUCGUCGACGCGCGGCUGAAGGGCGGAUGGUGGGAGGGGAUCGUGUUGCAGCAGGAGACUGCUGGCCACGUCCAAGUUUAUCUCCAAGGGGAGGGGAGACUUGUGGAGCUCCAAGUGGAGUGUCUGCGAAAGUCAUUUGAGUGGCAUGAGGAGCAAUGGAUUCCUCUAGAUGCAAGAAAGGAUGUUGCAGCCAAGAUAACCCUUGACCUGAAGGGUGGUGAGAGAUCUUCGAAACAGAAGGCUCAAAAGAUGGAUGAGCAGUCUAGCCAGACGGCGGCCGCCGCAGCCGCAGAGCUGGCAGCACCAACUGCAGAACUAGUGCAGCCUCUGGAGGAAGGUGACGAUGAACCUGCAAACUCUGCUCCUCCACGGAAGAGGUUCCUGGCUCAGGGCUACUCUUUCGAGGAAAAAAGGCUGGAGGAGCAUGCCAAAAAGAUCAAAGGUACUGCUAAUGAAGCUGCAAAACCAGUCGCGGCGGAGGGAGAUGGCAUGUCCCACGGCGGCAGCUCAGCUGAUGCCAAGCGGUGCUGGGUUGAUCCUGCAAACUCUGACGGCCUCAAUUGCGCUGAACGCGAGGGCAAGGCUGCGAAAUCUUCUGGCGUGAAGAAAAUGGGGUCUAUGGAGGGCAGCGGCAGCCAGGGAGGCGCCAGUGGAGGCGCUGCGCCGGUGAAGCCGGUGCCCAGGGAGGAGAUUUGCGUCACCAACGCAGAGGCUCCUGCCGUCGCCAUGGACAAAUCGGAGGUGAUCGACCUGACCCUAGAUGACUGAAGCUGGUGGCAGGAUAUGAUAAAGUCUGGCCUCAACUUUCCAUUCAUGAACUGUUAUUUCUCAGACAUUUCGUGCAUUCGCCUAUCGUGUUUGUGCGUGCUUUUUAUUUCCAUUCUAGGCACAUAGUUGUUUGUGCUUUCUGAACUUCAAAUAAGAGGAGACAUUCGUCGUA